CCAGAUAAGAUAUGUGACCAGAUCAGUGAUGCUGUACUCGAUGCUCACCUGAAGCAGGACCCAGAUGCCAAGGUGGCCUGUGGUGAGUGGAGGAGCGCAUCUCACCACUAGAGAGCAGCUGAGGACAAACUUCUCAGCCUUUGAUCAGGGAGCGUAAUAUACACUACAGUGGCAAGAAAAAGUAUUUGAACACUUUGGAAUUACCUGGAUUUCUCCAUAAAUUGGUCAUCACAUUUGAUCUGAUCUUCAUUUAAGUCACAACAAUGGACACACAGUGUGCUUAAACUAGUAACACACAAAUUAUUGUGCUUUUCUUGUCGAUAUUGAAUACAUAUUUUAAACAUUCACAGUGUAGGUUGGAAAAAGUAUGUGAACCCCUAGGCUAAUGACUUCUCCAAAAGCUAAUUGGAGUCAGGAGUCAGCUAACCUGGAGUCCAAUCAAUGAGACAAGAUUGGAGAUGUUGGUUAGAGCUGCCCUGCCCUAUAAAAAACACUCACACAAUUUGAGUUUGCCAUUCACAAGAAGCAUUGCAUGAUGUGAACCAUGCCUCGAACAAAAGAGAUCUCAAAAGACCUAAGAUUCAGAAUUGUUGACUUCCAUAAAGCUGGAAAGGGUUACAAAAGUAUCUCUAAAAGCCUUGAUGUUCAUCAGUCCACGGUAAGCCAAAUUGUCUAUAAAUGGAGAAAGUUCAGCACUGUUGCUACUGUAGUGUAUUAGGAUUAUGCCUUUGUUAAAUGUUUUUCAUGAAGAAAUGGAAUGUUGUUUAUGUUAGUUCAAAAGCAGUCAGUUUUAGGGUGACGCCCCAGGGGAGACCGGUGAUUGGACGAAAGAGGGAGCAACCCAUUUUUGCCAUUGUUUAUAAGUAUGAGCUAGACAAAGAGGCGGCAGAAGCAUUCAGAUUAAUUUGGGACGGUGCUUCUCCAGACACCGCGGGUCUGUAACUUAUGCUGUAAACUUGUGAUAUUAAUAAAAGCUUCUAAUCAAGGUGCAGCCUAAGUGGACUCUUUGUUUGACAGCAAUAGCCACCAACAGCCGACGGGACACGAUACUACGCUCCCUAGGAGUGGCCGUCCUGCAAAGAUGACUGCAAGAGCACAGCGCAGAACGCUCAAUGAGGUUAAGAAGAAUCCUAGAGUGUCAGCUAAAGACUUACAGAAAUCUCUGGAACAUGCUAACAUCUCUGUUGAUGAGUCUAUGAUACGUAAAACACUAAACAAGAAUGGUGUUCGUGGGAGGACACCACAGAAGAAGCCACUGCUGUCCAAAAAAAAUAUUGCUGCAUGUCUGAAGUUCGCAAAAGGGCACCUGGAUGUUCCACAGCGCUACUGGCAAAAUAUUCUGUGGACAGAUGAAACUAAAGUUUAGUUGUUUGGAAGGAACACACAACACAAUGUGUGGAGAAAAAAAGGCACAGCACACCAACAUCAAAACCUCAUCCCAACUGUAAAGUAUGGUGGAGGGAGCAUCAUGGUUUGAGGCUGCUUUGCUGCCUCAGGGCCUGGACAGCUUGCUAUCAUCGAUGGAAAAAUGAAUUCCCAAGUUUAUCAACACCAUUUGCAGGAGAAUGUAAGGCUAUCUGUCUGCCAAUUGAAGCGCAACAGAAGUUGGGUGACGCAACAGGACAACGACCCAAAACACAGAAGUAAAUCAACAACAGAAUACGCCUUCUGGAGUGGCCCAGUCAGAGUCCUGACCUCAACCCGAUUGAGAUGCUGUGACAUGACCACAAGAGAGCGGUUCACACCAGACAUCCCAAGAAUAUUGCUGAACUGAAACAGUUUUGUAAAGAGGAAUGGUCCAAAAUUCCUCCUGACCUUUGUGCAGGUCUGAUCCGCAACUACAGAAAACAUUUGGUUAGGUUAUUGCUGCUAAAGGAGGGUCAACCAGUUAUUCAAUCCAAGGGUUCACAUACUUUUCCCACCCUGCACUGUGAAUGUUUAACACGGUGUGUUCAAUAAAGACAUGAAAACGUAUAAUGUUUGUGUUAUUAGUUUAAGCAGACUGUGUUUGUCUAUUGUUGUGACUUAGAUGAAGAUCAGAUCAAAUCUUAUGACCAAUUUAUGCAGAAAUCCAGGUAAUUCCAAAGGGUUCACACACUUUUUCUUGCCACUGUAUAUACAAACGUAUGUGGACACCCCUUCAAAUUAGUGGAUUUGGCUAUUUCAACCACACCAGUUGCUGACAGCCAUGCAAUCUCCAUAGACAAACAUUGGCAGUAGAAUGGCCUUACUGAUGAGCUCAGUGACUUUCAACGUGUCACCGUCAUAGGAUGCCACCUUUCCAACAAGUCAGUUCGUCAAAUUUCUGCCCUGCUAGAGCUGCCCCGGUCAACUGCAAGUGUUGUUAUUGUGAAGUGGAAACGUCUAGGAGCAACAACAGCUCCGCCACACAAGCUCACAGAACAGGACCGCCGAGUGCUGAAGCACGUACCGCGUGAUAAUCGUCUGUCCUCAGUUGCAACACUCCCUACCGAGUUCCAAACUGCCCCUGGAAGCAACGUCAGCACAAUAAUUGUUUGUCGGGAGCUUCAUGAAAUGGGUUUCCAUGGCCAAGCAGCCGCACACAAGCCUAAGAUCCCCAUGCGCAAUGCCAAGAGUCGGCUGGAGUGGUGUAAAGCUCGCCACCAUUGGACUCUGGAGCAGUGGAAAUGCGUUAUCUGGAGUGAUUAAUCAUGCUUCACCAUCUGGCAGUCCGAUGGACAAAUUUGGGUUUGGCAGAUGCCAGGAGAACGCUACCUGCCCGACUGCAUAGUGCUAACUGUAAAGUUUGGUGGAGGAGGAAUAAUGUUCUGAAGCGGUUUCUCAUGGUUCAGGCUCGGCCCCUUAGUUCCAGUGAAGGGAAAUCUUAACUCUACAGCAUACAAUGACAUUCUGGACGAUUCUGUGCUUCCAACUUUGUGGCAACAGUUUGGGGAAGGCUCUUUCCUGUUUCAGCAAGACAAUGCCCCUGUGCACAAAGCGAGGUCCAUACAUAAAUGGUUUGUCGAGAUCUGUGUGGAACAACUUGACUGGCCUGAACAGAGCCCUGACCUCAACCCCAUUGAACACCUUUGGGGUGAAUUGGAACGUCAACUGCGAGCCAGGCCUAAUUGCCCAACAUCAGUGCCCGACCUCACUACUGCUCGUGGCUGAAUGGAAGCAAGUCCCCACAGCAAUGUUAAGCCUUCCCAGAAGAGUGGAGGCUGUUAUAGCAGCAAAGGGGGGACCAACUCCAUAUUAAUGCCCAUGAUUUUGGAAUGAUAUGUUCGACGAGCAGGUGUCCACAUACUUUUGGUCAUGUAGUGUAUCAAGCAUCUCUGAGUAGGAGUGCUGGUCUAGGAUCAGUUUUGCUUUAUAGAUCACAAUGACUAUGAGCCCCCCUAUUGUGAGACACUUGAUACAUACAGCCCCAGAUGCUGUUGAAGUGCUUCAGUCUUUGGCCUGAGCAUGGAUUAUUUACGGAAAUGACGGACCGUCUUUCUAUCGCAACGAAAAUACUAUUUUCAGUUAAAUGAAUGUUGCAUGAUGAUAAGGGAUAUGGUUAGUAUUCUAACCAUUGUGUGUUGUGAACAGAGACUGUGUGUAAGACGGGCAUGGUGCUGCUCUGUGGGGAGAUCACAUCUCGGGCCAACGUGGACUACCAGACAAUUGUGAGGGAUACCAUCAGGGAUAUCGGCUAUGACAACUCAGAUAAAGGUAUGGUUGGACUUGUAUAAAUCAUUCCCCUACCCAAGCAUAUAUUAUGAUAUCGUUUUUCCACUACCUUUUUCUCUUUAGGAUGAGUUAUCAUAGCCCAGGUGUGCACAAUGUUUUUAAUCCGGCACGCAAGGCAGUUAUAGCAUGUUUCUCUCCCCUCAGGUUUUGACUAUAAGACCUGUAACGUGCUGGUGGCUCUGGAGCAGCAGUCCCCUGACAUUGCCCAGGGAGUUCACAUCGACCGGAUGGAAAGUGACAUCGGAGCAGGAGACCAGGUGAUUAAACAGAUCCUUCAACAAUUGGGGUUUGAGACAGCAGUGUGAGGUGAUAUCAUUCUAAACUGCCUGUGCUUGGUUUGCAGGGUCUGAUGUUUGGCUAUGCAACUGAUGAGACAGAGGAGUGCAUGCCUCUCACCAUCGUCCUCGCCCACAAACUCAAUGCCAAGAUGGCUGAACUGAGGCGAAAUGGCAAUGUCCCCUGGCUCCGCCCUGACUCCAAGACCCAGGUAUGAUGAUGGAAGAUCGAUAUCGUUACACUCUGACUCGAGCCUGGAGCCAUCCUUGUUGUCAUUCCAUUAUACAUCAGUUAGAUGUUUCCAUAAAUGGCCACUGAACAUGAACCCUCUCAAAGCAACAGGAGCUUCCGUCUUUUGGAGACCCACUCUCCCUUCCUUUCCAGUGUCCAGUCUUAUCUAAGAACUUUCUGACCUUCCACACACACAAAUAAUCCACAUUCACGUGCACAUUCUUACAAGUCAUGGUGAUCGACUUUCAAGUCAGAUAGACUGGAAGCUGUUCUGGUGUUUACAUUGAACCCAGUCAUCGAUAUUGCUUUACACCAGGGUUCUUCAAUUCCGGUCCUGGAGGGCCGAAACACCUCUGUUUUUCAUCCUCUCCUUCUAAUCAGGGGCUAAUUCAGACCUGUGACACCAGGUGAGUGCAAUUAACUACCAGGUAGAAAUAAAAAACAGAAGUGUUUCGGCCCUCCAGGACCGGAAUUGAAGAACCCUGCUUUACACCGUGAGCUUGAUGACAUAGAGAACAUGGAUUCCAAGGCCUGGAAUCUUUCCAUGGUCUGCUUUUGCUCUCCUCCCACAUGUUCCCAUGGACAACUCAUUAGUCUUCAGGCGAGUCCACUGUCCACCUGUCCCGCCCCCUGCCCUUUGGAAAAGCUCUAGCUCUAAAACCAUUGGUCCUCUUUGGAAACAGAGAACUCUCUCAAGGUGCUAUUUGGAGUUCCUGGGGUUCAGUAGCGACCAAAGGGAAGUGCCACAUUUCAUCUUGGCGCAGGAGAUCUAUCACACCCCUCAACCCAUGACACAUUCACAAUACAGAACACAGGGGUCCUGAAGAAUUAUAGGGUGUGAAGGCUUUUCUUCCAGCCAAGCAGUAACAAUGCUGUCUCACACCCAUUCGGAUAAUAUUAUGAUUUUUCUUGGUCCCUCCAUUUCGUAUGAUAUGCUAUGUCCUCCAAUUCGUAGGAUAUGUUACGAAUAGUCCGGUGGUGGAAUAGCGGUCCUACAGUAUCAUACGUCUUAGCGGUCGUACAGUAUCAUACAUCUUGUUGCGUUAGUAUUUGUGGCUAACGUUAGCUGGCUAGGUUAGGGGUUAGGAUUAGGGUUAGCUAACAUGCUAAGUAGUUGCAAAAUGCUAUGGUUGUGGUUAGCUAAAGUUGCUAAUUAGCUAAAGUUGUCGCCAAGAUGAUUUGAACACGCAACCUUUGGGUUGCUAGACGUUCGCGUUAUACGCCCACCUAUCCUCCCAGAGUCCAACCAACCUCCCUACUUUAGUUUCUGUCUUAAGUAACCUUCUGUCUUAAGUAACCAAAUAAUUUUAACAUAUCAUAUGUUUUGGAGGUACCCCCAAAACAAUGUACUAUACUACUAGUCGAAGCAUCCAAGCUAGAUGUAACUAAGCAGCAUGGUUCAGAAUAAAGCUUGUGACUUGAUUAGAGAUUCUUGUAGAGGUGUGUUAGUGCUGGGCUGGAACAAAAGCUGGUUUGGAGAACUCGAUAAUGUAGUUCCCACACACUCACUCCCCCAGCUCUCUCGCUCUUCAUUUAACCUUCUCUUCACCUCUCUCCCUUGCUCCCCUUCUCUCCUCUCCAGGUGACAGUUCACUACACCCAGGAGAACGGGGCAGUGAUCCCUCGUAGAGUUCACACUGUGGUCAUCUCAGUGCAGCACGACGACUACGUGAGCCUGGAGGAGCAGAAGGAGAUCCUGAAGGAGAAGGUCAUCAAGGCCGUGGUGCCCUCCAAGUACCUGGACGACAACACCGUCUAUCACCUGCAGCCCAGCGGACGCUUCGUUAUCGGUGGGCCCCAGGUAACAAUUGUCAUUGUCUCAUUUGUUAGCUCAACCUGGAUUGUUAGAACCUAUCUGAGCUAUCAAAGGACCUCACCUUUUUAGGACUAAGUGGAUGUUCCUCCCUCCACUGAGGAGGUCUGGCCGACUACUUUAUAUCUACUUCCAGUUUGCUUCCAGUUAUCAGUAAGAGUUCCUUCCUCUCCAGCAGCUCAAUUAGGAAGGACGGCUGGAUCUUUGUAGUGUCUGGGUGGUGAUUCAUGUGGAAUCCACAGCCUGUGAACACACUGUCUGCUUGAAUCAUUUGAUUUUCUUGAUAAUUUUGUAUGAGUGAAAGCUACAACCUCUGGUCUUUGUCCGCUUUCACACAUUCACACAUUUCUGUUUAUGACAGGGUGAUGCUGGGGUGACCGGUAGGAAGAUCAUUGUGGACACGUAUGGUGGCUGGGGUGCCCACGGAGGCGGGGCCUUCUCCGGUAAGGACUACACCAAGGUGGACCGGUCUGCCGCCUACGCCGCACGCUGGGUUGCCAAGUCCCUGGUCAAGUCCAAUCUGUGCAAGAGGGUGCUGGUGCAGGUGAGAGAUUCAACCGUAUACUUCUCUAACCUUUGGACACUGUCAACCGAACCGAAGUAAACAAUGCCAGUCAUUUCUAUUGGAACUGAUGAGUUGAUAUCCUGUGUUUGUGAUCCAGGUGUCCUAUGCCAUCGGAGUGGCCGCCCCAUUGUCCAUCUCCUUGUUCACCUAUGGUUCCUCCCAGAAGACUGAGAAGGAGCUGCUGCAUAUCGUCAACAAGAACUUUGACCUCCGGCCUGGGGUCAUUGUCAGGUGGGACACAAUUCUUAUUAUCUAUUUCCACUUAGUCAUACAUAGGGCCAGGAGUUAUUCCUGAUCACUCAACCAGGCCAGGAGAAACUCUGGGCCUUAGUUAUAAGCACCAAAUCUUUCCUAAUCAAGUCACAUGCCAAGAAAAUCUUAUUGCCCUAGUCUCGUAUAUGUAUAUAUUCCCUGACCUUCAACACUAAGUUGCAGCAAUGAGAUUUGACAGGAAUACCUUGUUGGAUGUUUGUCCACAGAGACCUGGACCUGAAAAGGCCCAUCUACCAGAAGACGGCCUGCUACGGCCAUUUUGGCAGGAAGGAGUUUCCCUGGGAGGUGGCCAAGAACCUCAACUUCUAGUGUGUGGCGCGUUGAGCAUGGGGCAGCGGUGACAUGGGCAGCUGUCUGUCUUGCUGUUACCCAGUACGUGACAGCCAAGCCGGCAGCUGUUAGGGGUAC